AGUUGUACAUCAAUUAAUGUAUUUGUGGCUUAUUACCACCCGAGAACGUUGGUCAAUAUAAAACAUGGAAUUUGAGGGGGAACUAACGAAAUGCGAUUGUACUUAAGGAGGGCGCGAGCAUGAAAUAUUCAUUAGGAUCAAUAGCGAGAUUCAUUGUUCGGGCCUGGGGACGCGAGGAGACAGAUUUGGAUAUCUCCAUCUUUCAGUGAAUGGGAGUCGAUUUUGUGUAGGAGUUGCAGAUUGGUCGUCACUAUCAGAGAUCGAGGGUUGUCGUGGACGGAGCGUGUUUCGCUUGUAUUGCGUGGAGUAGCGUUUUUGGAUUACCGUGUUUUGAGCGUAUACCUCCGACAGAGUUUACCCCCGACAGAAAAUGGACGCUGAAGAAUUCCGAAAACGAGGUCGUGAGAUGAUUGACUAUGUUGCCGACUACUUGGAGACAAUCCGGAAGCGACGCCCAUUCCCGGAAGUGAACCCCGGUUAUCUGAGGGAACUUGUUCCAGAAGAGGCUCCGGAAGGUCCAGAGAAAUGGGACGAUCUGUUCAAGGACAUCGAACGCGUUAUUAUGCCGGGGGUGACCCACUGGCACAGCCCCCAGUUCCACGCCUACUACCCCACAGCCAACUCCUACCCCGGUAUCCUGGGGGACGUGCUGUCUGAUGCUAUUGGAUGCAUUGGAUUCACAUGGGCAUCCAGCCCCGCCUGUACGGAGCUUGAGGUGGUCAUGAUGGACUGGCUGGCCAAGAUGCUGCACCUUCCUGACGAGUUCCUCUUCAGCUCUGGGGGACAGGGAGGUGGAGUUAUACAGGGUACAGCCAGCGAGUCGACACUGGUCGCCCUGUUGUCAGCACGGACCAUGUUUAUCAACAACAUGAAGAAGGAGAACCCACAGCUGGAAACAGGGAGCAUCCUGUCCAAACUCAUCGCCUACACAUCCGACCAGUCACACUCAUCGGUGGAGCGAGCGGGUCUGAUCGGAGCUGUGUCGAUGCGGAAGCUGGAGUCCGAUGACAAGGGGUCUCUACGGGGUCACACACUGGAAGCGGCCAUCAGGGAGGACAAGGCCAAGGGACUCAUCCCAUUCUUUCUCUGUGCUACUCUGGGAACCACCCCCUCAUGUGCUUUUGACAACAUCCCUGAACUUGGACCUUUGUGUAAACAAGAUGGAAUCUGGCUACACAUUGACGCAGCGUAUGCUGGAAGUGCGUUUAUCUGUCCCGAGUUCCGACCCCUGUUGAAUGGGAUUGAGUUUGCCAUGUCUUUCAACUUUAAUGCUCACAAGUGGUUGCAAGUGAACUUUGACUGCUCAGCAAUGUGGAUGAAGGAUAAGCGAUUGGUCAGUGAAGCGUUUGAUGUUGACCCUCUGUAUCUAAAACAUGAAAAUCAGGGGAAGAUGCCAGACUACCGGCACUGGCAUAUCCCCUUGGGUCGGAGGUUCCGCUCUCUCAAGGUGUGGUUUGUUCUCCGGAUGUACGGCGUGAAGGGCCUUCAGGAGAUCAUCAGGAAGGAUGUGCAGCUGGCCCAUGAGUUCGAGUCAUUUGUGAAAGCAGACAGCAGAUUCGAGGUUGUCCAGGAUGUGGUGUUGGCACUGGUCUGCUUCCGACUCAAGGGAGAGAACGCCAUCAAUGAAAAGUUGCUAAAAGCCAUCAACGAUGAUGGACGGAUUCAUCUUGUUCCAUCCCAGAUGAGAAAGACCUACUUCCUGAGAUUCGCUAUAUGUGCAUCCCGAACCAACUCAGAUGAUGUCAAGUUAGCAUGGAAAGUCAUUAAUGAACUGGCUUCAAAAUUACAAAAAUGAGCACAUCUGAUUUAUUUGGAUGAAGGGUAUCUGGGGGCUUGUUCAGGAGGCUGAAAAAGAGGGGGAUGGGGAGAUUAAGUUUGAGGCUAUUUCAGGAGGUUGUCGGAAGACUUAUAGAGGAGGUUGUCAGGAGGCUUUAAGAGGAGGUUGUCGGAGUGUUUAUGGAUGAGGUUGUCAGGGGGUUUAUUGAGGGUUUUUUAAAGGAGGUUGUCAGGCUUAUAGAGGAGACUGUCAGAGGGUUUAUUGAGGAGGUUAUCAGGGGGUAUAUAAAGAAGGUUGACAGGAGGCUUAUAUGUAUGGGAGGUUGUUGAGGUGGUUUACUGAGGCGGUUGACAUAAGGUUUUGAAAAGUACUGAAAAUCAUGAACUAAAUGCAUCCCA